GCGGCGGCCGAGAAGAUGGCGGACGGCGAUAGUGGCAGCGAACGCGGCGGCGGCGGCGGGCCCGGCGGCUUCCAGCCCGCGGCCCGCGGCGGCGAGCAGGAGACGCAGGAGCUAGCCUCGAAGCGGCUGGACAUCCAGAACAAGCGCUUCUACCUGGACGUGAAACAGAACGCCAAGGGCCGCUUCCUGAAGAUCGCCGAGGUGGGCGCGGGGGGCUCCAAAAGCCGCCUAACGCUGUCCAUGGCGGUGGCCGCCGAGUUCCGCGACUACCUGGGCGACUUCAUCGAGCACUACGCGCAGCUGGGCCCCAGCAGCCCCGAGCAGGUGGCGGCGGCGGCGGCGGGCGCCGAGGAGGGCGGCGGGCCGCGGCGCGCGCUCAAGAGCGAGUUCCUGGUGCGCGAGAACCGCAAGUACUACCUGGACCUGAAGGAGAACCAGCGCGGCCGCUUCCUGCGCAUCCGCCAGACGGUGAACCGCGGCGGCGGCGGCCCGGGGCCCGGCGGCCUGCAGAGCGGCCAGACCAUCGCGCUGCCGGCACAGGGCCUCAUCGAGUUCCGGGACGCGCUGGCCAAGCUCAUCGACGACUACGGCGGCGACGACGACGAGCUGGCGGGGGGCGCGGGCGGCGGCGCGGGGGGCGCGGGCGGCGGCCUGUACGGGGAGCUCCCGGAGGGCACGUCCAUCACCGUGGACUCCAAGCGAUUCUUCUUCGACGUGGGUUGCAACAAGUACGGCGUGUUCCUGCGCGUGAGCGAGGUGAAGCCGUCCUACCGGAACGCCAUCACCGUGCCCUUCAAGGCCUGGGGCAAGUUCGGGGGCGCCUUCUGCCGGUACGCCGACGAGAUGAAGGAGAUCCAGGAACGGCAGCGCGAUAAGCUGUAUGAGCGCCGCGGCGGGGACGAGUCGGAGGGCGAGGAGGUGGACGAGGAUUGAAGCGCCGCUUCCCCGCCGGGCCCCCCCACCCCCGCCCGCCGUCCCUGUCCCCGGGGCCGCCGCGGAGUCCCCUUCCUGCUCGUCCCCAGGGAGCCGGUGGAGGCGGAGCAAGGAGGCCCCGUCGGGAGAACACACAGUUAAAAAACAAUACAGUUAAUUAAGAGAAAUAACCACAAAAAGAACAGUCGCAAUUAGAGAAAAGCAGCAAAGUUCCAAGGCACUGACAGCAGCCGCAGAAAGGAGACAACCUGAGCAAAAUCGUCUCAGCUUCCGUAGUUUGCAGCUGGGUUGGUUCUUCACCACCACCCCAACCCAGGCUAGCCCUGCAGGGGACAGAGCCGCCCGUGCCCGGGGGACACUGGCCUUCCCCAGGUCGGUCCAUGACAGCAGCGUCUGUGUUCCACCUAGGUGUCCUGGCCUGACAACAUCUCAGGACCUCCCUGCUGGGGGGGUGGGUCUCUUCACCUCCAUUGAAUCAGCCUCUAGGAUCUAGGUUUCCGUGGAAUUCCUGAGAAGACCGAGGCCUUGGCCUUUGUCCAUUUCUGAGGGUACAGGUUUUCUGAAAAGGAGCACGACUUUAAAUAACCACGGACAGGGCAAAAGAAGAAUUCCAGAAGCCACCGGGGAAUAUAGCAACAAAAUGGGCCCAUUUUGUCUAAAAUGGUUUCACGUGGAACCUGGACCAGUGUCCAUGUCUCUUUGUGGAGUUGUCUUCCUGGAUGCAAGUGGAUUGAGAUGUCAGUCCUUCAACUACAGUCUGUUAGCAAAGGAUUUUGGAAGCUGGCCAUGUUUUUUUCUGGAGCUGAGAGCAAUUUUACAUUGGGGGGUUGCUGAGGCAGGCACCGAAAGUCCCACAUCAAGCACAAGGAGGACUGUUUGAGUGGGUUAGUUGCUGCUCACUGAAGUCCCUCCCUGGGUGUCCAGACACGGAGGUCGUUACCAAGAGAUGGCUUAGGGGUGAAUGAGAGCAGGUCCCUGUAGUGGCUUCACACUAGCCACUGAAUUAUGGCUAAUUGGGCUGUUUGAGCCACUGGUUGGCUGGAUUUUCAACAGUAAAACUUGAAGAUAACCUACAAAAGGAACAGUGUGGCUACAAGCCUGAGCUUUAAUGGAAUGUACAUCCUCACAGAGAAGUUGGAAAUAACCAAAACUGAGGUCUUCACCCACCUUCAGUUCCAUCUCUGGAUUUGUUCCAAUACUAAAGAUCCUCAGGUCCAGAAUUCCAGCAUCAUCUAUUCUUUUAAAGUAAAAUUUUAAGAACUCGAUCCAUUGUUUCAGUACCUCCCAAUCAAAGUUGGCAAAUGAUGGAUGAGUGAUUUGAGCAGUGUGCCCUUGGGAAGCUGAAAUCCAUCUGAAUGGAGAUGAAGUGAACGUGCAAAUGCUGACUAUGUCCUGGAAGCAUUUUUUUAUACCAUCUUGAGAUUUCAACAAACUGGUUCUCGCCAGUUUAUCCAGCUGUUUUUCAAGAAUAAAAGUUGGGGUUUUGAAGGAUCGCCUCUUCUAUAUUUUAAAUGGAUUUUCAGUAGAAAUGAUUUUUACUAAUCAAGUUAAUCCCACCCCAUCACAAGGUAUUCCUAGAAGUGUCACAGACCUAGGCGACUUUGAAUUGAGCGGGAGCUAACGUUCUUUCCAAAGUUUUUAGGUAUUCUCUGUGCGACACCUUCUCAACCAGGAGGCAAGUAACCCCACCUCCACAAUCUUAGUUGUUUUGUUUUUCGUUUUUUGUUCUUUUUUUUUUUUUAAACUGCAUGCCUGCCCUUUAUCUGAGCUGCCGUUUAAUUUAUUGCAUACCCUUUAUUAUCUGAGUUUGGUAUUAUUCAAUCUAUACAAUCUUUUUUGUAUUUAUUGGGAAAUAAGUAAUCUAGAAAAAGAUCAUCUUCAUGAAUCGUGGCUGAGAGGGAGGAUAAAGAACUGUACAUAAAAUUAGGCUUUUUUAAAAAUUAGAUUAUGAUUCAGAAUACUGUUGAUCUUAGAUUUUUUUUAAAAAAAAAGUGGAAGAGCCACACACAUUGGUGCCCUUUUCAGACUAUUUCUCUACUCUCAUUCUCCACAGUAGACUUUUUAAACAGAUUUUUUUUAAAGCUUUUCCUUUUUUUAAAAAACCUUCUCCGUCGCAAAGAAUGUUUCCUAAAUUGUAUGGGAGCAAUAGUAUUUUUGAUGUUUUAAUGACAUCCGUAUAUACUCGUACUGUAUUUUGUACCACAAGGCAGCUGUUUUCAAUAAUGUCCUGCUGUAUUUACCUAUGUGUUUUGAGUGUUGAUUUCUUUGCUGCGGAGAACAAAUCCCUAAAUUGUUUUUGUAAGGGCGCCGCGAAGCUAGCGUUAGGUUUGCAGAAACUGUUGCAGUUUCCAACCUUGAGGCAGCAAUGAAAAGUCAGGUCGCAGCUCUCAUUUCACUGCUGCGACUUGUUCAUUUUCAGACCGUGUACAAUUCCUGUUCAGACCAACUCGUGUUCUUGCUUCAGUGGUGGUUCUGUUGCUCAGCUGCAGUGAGCCAGUUCAAUUUUGCAAAGGUGCAGUACCUCUCCUUUUGAAGGGGUUGGUGUAUUUUUUUUUUUCUUUUCUUUUUGUUUGGCUGAAUUGCAGUAACUAGCCUUGCCUUUCUAUUCUGUAGAAAUGACAGGGUCUUCACAAUCCUUCACCAGUGGCUACUAAGCUAUAAUUAGCUGAAUAGAAAGAAUGUGGAAGUGGUCUGAGGCGUAUAGAGUAUAUGCCAAGAACACUACCAUAUAUGGCAUCAGCUUUGGUUACCAGAGAAAUUUUCUUAGUCAUUAGACCAUAUAACAGUAAUAUAUCAUAUGUAAAUCUUUAGAUAUCAAUUUGAGAAUCCUCCAAAAAAAGGAGCAAAGAAUGCAUAAGCUAUGUGUUGGAAAAAGUAAUUUAUAUUAAAAUUUUGACCUGCCUAUGUAAGAUUAAGUGGUAAACGUCAUAGUGGUGGGUUUAAGUCUUAACCAAUCUCAAAGGUUUGUUUCUCCUGCAGGGGGUGGUUCAUGGCCUCUCUCCUCACUGCAGGAAGAUGACAGAAGGGUGUGGAUUAGUUGUAGCAUUUCACUGACCCUCAUCCACUCGCUGUUCUGGGGCAAUAGAAAUCCGGCGAGCACAGAGACUGCUCUUUUGAUGUGUGAUGCGGCCUGUUAAUGAGGCUGUAUCUCAGAACUCGUCCAUAAACAGCACUUAGCAAAGAAUAUCUGUUAAUUCCAGUCAGAAAAUGGCAUUACUCUGGGAAACAUCCAAAUAUUUUUUUGUUCUGGUUUUCAUCCUCUACUAUGAACAGUGAUUUAGGGCUUGUUUUUUAACCUUGGCAAACAUCCCAGCUAAUCACGUGUUCAAAAUAGUCCAAUUUCUAAGAAGCGGGGAACGAAAAUUCCUUUUCUGAUCAUUGGUAGAGUGUUUCUCAGGCCGUUCCGGAUGUGAGAAGUUAGAUUGCAGGAACAGAAUCAAAAGAGCGAAACUCUGUGGCGAGUUCCCCGCUAUUCCCUUCUGGUUUCUAUUGUGCCCACUCUCGCUUGAGCAGAGUGGCACUUCUAGUCCGCAAGGAAAGCCUUCAGUGCAUAUGCUGCACAAAGCGCCACGUGAGUCUGUAUGGCACCAAAAAAUCAAAGUGGAAACCAAACGGGAAACGCAGACACCCUGAGCUGCCGUGGGAGGCAUGUAGUCGGUCAGAAGGGCUGUGGCCAUGGCGCGCACAUGGCCACUUGUUAGGUCACUUUCCACAAUGGUUUGCUGCCGGCCGCUGUAGGGGCUUCCAGGGCAGGCAGCUGGCACCUCCUGCUCCCUCCGUCCCCUCCAUCGCCUGACAGUAAAUUGCAGGUCUUUUAUACAAACUCAAGCUUCAGAUUUCUCAAAACAAAACAGUUAUCCUGUCUUAUCUGAAAAAUGCAGGGUUGUGGGCAGAAGAGGCUGGUUAUAAUAAUGCCCUCAUAUUGAGUGGUCUGUAAACGGCUGCACACUUCAGGCGCGUAGUUGCUGAGGAUGCUUUGUCCCGUGUGACCUUGACCGGCUCUACUGGAGGGUAGAGUGACCUGCACAAGGUAUCGAGAGGUAACUAUUGCUCGGCGUCCGCCUUGCUCUCAAGGUGGAUGCCUUAGGGAGAAGCUUGAGUGUGUAAGCCAUGCACAUAAGUAUUCUUCACUGUAAAUUUUGUUUUCAUUUUUAACCCAGUUACGGUACUUUGUCCAAUGCACAACUGAUCUCUCAGUAGAUAUUCAUUUGCAAAUAGCGUGGCCUUGAUCAGUAGGAGGGAAGGAGGGAAGCACCCUAGCGGGUGUGAAGGUAACUCAGCUAGGCCUUCCGCACUGCACCACUCUUUGUGUCUGAUGCACGCGAGUCUCGAGUGGUCCGUCUCCUUUCCGCCUGGGGAGAGUUCAUGGUUUUGACCCUGGGGUUUUAUCAAUUCAAUUGAGUUUUCUGUUUUUAGGAAGGAUCAGAAUUGCUCUGAUAAGUAACAAAGUUGAGUGCUUUGGUGUCCAAUCUCAGGUUUUAGAGUAGAGAGUGGUGUAAAAUUCCACUGUUAACUCUUUAACAAUUUUAAUGUAAUCCACCCUACAAGUCACACACACGAGGCCUGUUCAGAGAGCAGAGCCUCCCAUCAUCUUGCUCCUUUUCCACUUUGUAUUCACUUGAGAAAGUGUCGAGUGAUCUUCCAUUGUAUAUUUCCAUUUGAACCCCGACAUAUUUCUCAAAGAUAAAGCACUUUUUGAUAAUGAAAUUCAUGGGAUCUUCGUGUGAUGUGGAUCAUGGUUUCUCAGGCUCCCUUAGAUAAUCUGCUUUUGAAUAUUGUUCUGUGUAAGAAGAGUGGAAAUCUUUGCUAAUGUUAGGAGGUUUGUAUUAUUGAUCCAGAAUGCGUUCUGCUAGCUUCCAAUCGAUGGGAGAGUAAAUAAUGCUGCAUUCACAAAUUAAUAAGUUACUUUCCCUUAAGCCUUAAGGUAACUUUUUUUUUUUUCCCUGUCAACAACAGCACUGAAGUUAUACUGAGUGGAUGAAAUGAUCAGUUUUCAGGGUUGGUUUUAGAGUACUGUAAAUCCAUGAGCUGUCUUCCUAAACAGUUACUCCCCCUCCUUGAACAAACUGGGUAGUGGGGCACAUGGGUGGGCCGGGGGGAUAGCUUAUAGGAAAUAGAAAAAGAAACCACAUUUACCUUAAGAAAAAUAGACAAAAUUAAAAAGUGCACGUCAGCGCCCUGCUUUUGAAAUUACAGCUAGAGGGCGGAAAUGGCAAACUAGAACUUCAUUUCCCCGAUUUCUAAAUCUAGGAAAGCAAAGUCAUGGAUUUUCAACACCUUCCCUCCCCAGUUGCAAGAGCUCACACUUGGGGACGGUGAGUGCAUGUCCUAGGUCGCUGGUUAAAGUCCCUGUCCCCAGCCCUUGGUCUUAAAAUGUAAUUUCAGUGCUGAUGGAUUCAACCCUUCUUUCAAUAAAUGUCCAGUUGUCAGGAUGAUAAUCCAAUUUGGAAAAAAAAAUAGUAAAGGUAUAUCAUGAAGACUUAUGACUCUGGCAAGUCCCAGGUGGUACCCAUUCCCCUCGAUCCAAGUAAGACUUUUUUGAAUGUAUUCUAUACUCCCUGAGGAAACAGGGAGUAUGCCAUCUGUGUGACCACCCCAUUCACCACCUUUUCCAUUUCCUUUGAGAAUCUGACUCCUGCGCCUCGAGUUGGACAUUCGCACAGGGUCAGUAAAGCCGCAGUAAGGUAUCUGCAGAUGCCGCCUGGGUACUUUCCUUGCUCGGCAGGGCUCCUAUUAACAGGAGGACAGAGCUUUAUUUGAAGCAAAGACGUGGUCUACCCCCCCCCCCCCAGGUGAUUCUAACAGAUGGUUUGGUGAAGGAGCAUGACCAUACUUUGGGCUAGUGCAAAAUCAUGAGUCUAGGAGUAAGUCUCAUGGGCCUCGCGUGUGAGAUGUCCACUGACACGGAUGAGAGAGGGCCGAUUCUGUCUGUAGGGGCUGAUGUGUGGGGCCGCCCGAGAGAGAGAGAGAGAGAGAGAGAGAGAGAGAGAGAUCCUUUCGCAUUCCCUCCACACGAGCAGAUUGCAGGCGAUGCGAGUUUGUCUCUCUGCCUUGAGUAAGUCGGACAGCAGACAUUCAUCCCCAGCCUUACCCCGUGUCGUAGGGUCAGGCUAGUUCAGAAAAUACCUGGUUGGAAACAGAAGGGCAAGUGGAAUAUUCCUUCUUUAUAAAUUCCCUUUUCAGGGACAUACAAGUGCAGGGAGAGGCCCAGGAUGAUUGCAAAACAGGAUUCCAUCACAAAGCACAUUUGUGUGGUAGGGAUUUGGAGUUUUGUUUGUACGUCGCUCAGACACGAGCACAAACCCGUUUCUCCCAGCUCCGUGUGUCACCUCUGCACACAAAAGCUCUCUGGAUUCCUAGAAGCUAACAGAUGGAGCAAAAGUCCAAAAAGUGAUUUUUAAGACAGUACAGGGCAUCCCUUCAGAGCCUAGUUUUAUACAUUGUGGUAGCAGGAGAAUGUAUUUGAGGUUUUUCUCGAUGAUCAUCAAGAUUUGAAUGGUAACUAGGAUUAUCAGUGUCUUUGAACAGUUAGUGGGGGUUUAUUCUUCCUUUUGCUCCUUCAUGACAAUGUUUCUCCAGGACCCUUUCUCAGAGUGUGUUUGUCUCCUUAGACCUUUGUAGACCGCACAUCUUCUAUCCUGUAAGAACCCUCACCGCCGGUCAGAAUCGUCAGGGGCUUCUGUAGACUAGAUGGUUCACUCCAAAGUGGGGACCGAUGCCCUGCCAGUAGAGACUCUGCAGAAGUCGUUUAAAUAAUUUCAAACCAAAUCUCGAUGGCAGGAGACAGCUUCCUGAUGUAGACAGACAACUAGGUACUUCUAAGGGGGUUGGGGGCGUCUUUGGUGUCUGAAUAGCCACAUGCCUGUGCGUUGUAAACCAUAUGUGUACUCCUGUGUAUGAAUUUGUAGAACUGCUUCCAAGAGAAGCUGCACCUUUCAUUUUGUAAGGUCCCCUCUACCUGUAACCCUAUAAAUAUUUGUAUAUAGAACACUAAAAUUUGUAGCGAUAGGAUCAACUUGGGAAUAUCUGCUGAGAGACCAAAAAAGCUCAUUUUCUAAGUACCUUGGUUAAAGAGUAAAGAUUAUUUCUCUUAUUUUUUAAAAGAAGAAUGCACUUUAACAGCUGCAUGGGCUAUUCAAACAAGCCCGUGAAGUGCAGUGCCGUUCAGAAAUCACACUUCCUGGAAACCGUUCAGAAGCGAGUGUAGACGGGCUGUUGCGCUCACUGCCUGGAGGCGGAAGCUCGGGUGCCAGUCAGUGUAGAGACAUGGAGACGAGUAGGGCCGCUGCAAAAGCGCAACGUGAGCUCGGCCAGAAGCUUCCGACAGGCCUGCAACAGGCAGGUCCCGUGUUGACCACUAACUAGCAAAACUGACAGAAACAGAGAAAAAAGUUGAAGAAUCCUUACUGCUGGUGUGCACUCCCUACAAUAGAUUUUGCAAAUGGAGUUUUACAGUCUAUAUUUAAAAUUGUAUGUUUGUAACAAAUAAAGUAUGCGGAAAAGUGA